AUGCUUUUUUCAUGUUGUGGCAGUUCGAACGUUAAGAAUCGUCGAAUCGUUAUUAUUGAAGAGGAACAAAAAAGAGCAUUUAAUCAAAAAGACGAGGAAGAAUCAAGUACAUCUUCUCAGUUAUCUUAUUCGUCUAAUAGAACUACUGAUAGUGAAUUAGUGAAAAACGUAGAGGAAAAAUUUAGCAAAAAACCUCGAAGUCGAAAAAGUUCACGAACCGAAACCGUAGAUCCAGGUCACUGGGUCCAUAUAUCACCACAAGUUCGAUUUCGCACAUUAACAGCUCAUGAACAACAGCAAAUUUUUGCGUUACAAAAGCAACAAGCAGCAAAUUUAACCAAAAUGGAAGACACUGCCACUGAAAUAACAACAGCUCAUGGACAAUCAAUCGAUUUAAUCCAUGAUAGCCCGGGAUCUCGAUCUAAUUACGGCGAAUUUUAUUGGGACACGAAUGGUGAAACCACAUCAUAUCACAUAUCGGAUUCAUUUGAUAGCGAUAUAUUACUGGAUAUGGAUUCAUAUACGAAAGGUGCUACUGGUGCCGUUGGUUCACUUGACCGAACACAAGAAGAUCUAAGUAAAUAUCGACAGCGAAUUGAUGCAAACGUUGAACAACAGCGUGAAUAUGCUGAUAUGAUUGCUUCCUUACAACGAAAGGUUCUGGAAUAUCGACGCCAUAUUGUUGAACUUGAACAACGAAUGGCAGCCGUUCGACCAAUGAGUGGAGACCAAACAACAACAUUCACUAUAAUUGAUUCAACUGUCUUUCCGGAUAAUAAAUAUAAAGAUGACAGUCUAUGGACAGGAAAAAAAUAUGAUGAACCUAGUGAUUAUCAAUUAUUAAUGCGACUAGAUGACGAAAGACGAAAAAUCGAUGAAUAUCGCCUUCAACUUGAACAGGAACGAAUACAUAAUGAACAAUUACAACACGAAAUCGAGCGAAUGCGCCAACAAUAUGAGAUGAGUGCUCGAGAAAAGGAGAAAACUUUUGUUAUACGUGAAAGGAACCUCGCACAAUAUCUGAGUGAAGAACAGAAAAAAAUGAUGGAUUUAUGGACCGAAUUACAACGAUUAAGAAAACAAUUGAAUGAAUAUAAGGAACGAACCGAACACGAUUUAGAAAAUCAGAAAAAUGAAAUUGUAACAGCGAUUCGUAAUGUUGGAGGUCUUCGUCAACUUAAUUUAACUGGAGUUGAACCUUCUAGAGGAGGAGGUAUCGGUGAGCCAUUACUUAGUGAGAUCGCUGCAGCUAAUGUUGAUGUUAGUGGUACAACAAUAAAUCAGGAUACAAUAUUAAUCGAAGCGAUUCGUCGUUUUCGAGAAAGUCAAGCACCGAGUACGACAAAAGAUUUGGAAUUAAUAAAGGAAUUAAAACUGAGUAGUUCUGCUGCUGAUAAGGAUCUUUACAAUGAACUUAUGAAAAAGUAUGAAAGCAUCGAAAGAAAUAUUGAAUUAGAAUCAAAAGGUGAUGAUGCACAACGAAAGAUUGCUGCACUUGAAGCUCAGUUACGACGAACUAAGGAUCGUUUAACUGAUAAUCAAAACGCGCUACGAAAACUUCAUGACCUCGCCCGUGACACUGAUCGUGAACCAGAAACACGUAAACGUACUCGAUCACUUUCACCAGGUGAAACACCGCUACCACCAACUGAAGCACUUCGAACAGUUCGUUCAAUUAUUCGAAAUAAGGACAAUAAUAUUCAGCAGCUAGAAAGGAAAUUAAAAAACGCAGAAACUCAGAUAAAAGAGUUCAUAAAUAAAUUCGAGACAACCGACGAAACACGACGACGAUUAGAUAAACAACUAUCGGAUUCAAAAAGGGAUUUUGCUAAUCAGCAAAAAGCAUUUGAUGAUGCCGAAAGACAAAUUCGACGUCUUGAAGAUCGUCUAAAAACGGUUGAUUCUGAAAAGAUUGCAGCCGAAAAUGCGCGAAAAUAUUUGGAAACCGAAUUGGAAAAACUUCAUCAACAAUUUCGUAAAACGACGGCCGAAGAGGAACGAAAAGCUCGAGAUGAGGCUGCAGAACAAAAUCAGUCUCUUGAAAAUGAUUAUAAAAAUCGAUUAAAUGAACUAAAUCGACGGAUCGAAAUAUUUCAACGUGAUAAUGUAAAACUGAAGAAUGAUCUAAAUAAUGUCAAAGACAAAUAUCGAGAUCUCGAAAAUAAUUACAAUAUGACUUUACGAAAAGUUGAAGACAAAGAUGGAACAAUAAAGCAUUUAGAAGAUAUAAAACGUACGUUAACAAAAGAACUUGAUGAUCAACGAAUUCGCUAUGAUACAUUAAAUAUUGAAGUGGAACGCCUGAAUAAUGAAACAGAUACAAACCAUAAAGCUAUCUCAACACAUGAACAAACUAUUCGAGAACUUAAACAACAAAGGGAUGAAAUAAACAAACAAAAGGACGAUUUAUCUCGACAACUAUUCGAUUUAAAGCAUAAAUUGGAAAGCGAAAAAGCGGCUAAGGAAAACGUCGAAGGAACAACUAAAAGACAUAUGGAAGAGAUCGAUGCGUUGAAAUUGCAAAUAACUGAUUUGGAGCAACAAUUAAAUGUUUUACGACGACAUAACGAUGAUUUGGACACAAAAAUAAACAGUAAUCAAGCAAAAAUGGCGACAUUAGACAAUGAUUUGCGCACCGCUACGAAAGAAAUUGAAAAACUCAAUGAACUUAAUAUUCGAUUACAAAAAGAGAAAAAAGAUGCUGUAAAUCAAAUGUUGAAAUGUGAAGGAGAUACGAGCGAUUUCAAGGAACAAAUAAAACGUCUUGAACAAGAAAUCGAAAAAUUAAAAAAAGAAAUAACAAUUCAUGAAGAAAAUGAACUAAAAUCAAGAGAAACAAUAAAAGAAAAAACGAAUAAAGCAAAUUUACUCGAAAAAGAACUUCAAGAAGCAAAAAUUGAAAUCGAUGAAUUACUAAGAAAAAUCAAACAACUCGAGGACAAUUUUAAAGAAAAAACACGUAUUUCAAUUCGUAGCAAAAGUUCCGAUGAAGAUUUAGCUGGUAGUGGUGGUGGCGGUGCUGGUGGUGGAUCAGUUAGCACAACUCACGAUACACAAAUCACCGAAAUACGCAUUAAAGAAAUUAAUGAUAAAUGGAAGAAGGAUAUUGAAAGACUUGAAAAUGAGAAGGAUGAAUUAGAACGACGUAUUCGAGAAAUCGAAGAUGAAUUAUCAAUAAAAAACCGUGAAAUUGAGAAAUAUGGAAGUGAAGCGAACGAAUUAAGACGCAAAUAUCAAGCGGAAAUCGAUCGCCUUAAAGCUGAAAUCUCACAGUUAUACGAUAAACACCAAAACGAACUCGAUGAUGAACGAGAACAAUAUAAUAGAAAUAUUGAUGCGAUAAAACUUAUCGAAGAUGAACUUCGAAAUCAAAUGACAAUAAAUGAAAAGAAAUUGGCUGAAUCGGAAAAUCUAAGCAAUCGUUUCGAACGUGAAAUGAAUGAAUGGAAAGAAAAAUAUGAACAAUUAAUUAAACAAAUGGAAAAGAUACGAGAAGAUUAUGAAGAUGCUAAAAAUCAAGCUGAAAAUGAAAUACAGAAAUGGAAAACGGAUUCAUAUUCAGCUCGAAGCGAAUUAAAAUCUAUAGAAGCAUUAAAUUUAGCACUAAAAUCGCAAAUAGUCACUAUAAAUGAACGAUGUGAAUCGCUCAACAAAACCGUUAAUGAUCAAUCGGCCAAGAUAAGAGAUCUGAAUGCACAAAUUCGACGCCUCGAAGAGGAAAUAUCUGAUUUGAAGGCAACACUAACCAAUCGUGAUUCCGAUUUGGAAAGUGCUCUAUCACGUUUACGUACAGUUGAAGAGCAAUAUUCAGCAGCACAACUUGAAAAUAGCAAAAUUCGAAAUGAAUUCGAAAUUUUACAACGUGAUUACGAUGUUAUGAAGGCGACAAAUACUUCAAAUGAAAAUGAACUUGAACGUCUCAGAAAGAAAUUACAACAAGCCGAAAUCACGAUAAAGGAAUAUCGAAAUGCAAUUGAUCAUCUUAAAGUUGAGCGAGAAAAAUUGCAAAACGCAUAUCGUGAUAAGACGAAGCAAUUCGAUCAUUUGAAUCAACUGGCUCAAUCAUUCGAUAGCAAACUCAGUAAAUUAAGAUUGGAACUUAAAGACAAAUCUGAUAAGUUAAUAGCGUCCGACACGGAACGAAAUGCAUUACGUUCGGAAAUCGCAAAACUUCAGCAAGAAUUACAAUUUGGUAAAGAUCAAAUGGUACGUAAAACUGAUGAAUAUCAAUCAUCACUUGAAGACCUUGCAAACGCGCAUCGUUCAGCUGAAGAUGGUCGUCUAAAUGCACUUCAAGAAAUUGAAACUCGUAAAUAUGAAAUGGCUGAUUUAAAGUCACGACUUGAGAAUACCGAACAACGACUAACUGCAUUACAAGAAGAAUAUAUGAACAUAAAUCGAGAUCGAGAUAUUUUAACUGACACUCUUCGACGUUUUCAGAACUUUACAAAUCGUGCUAUAACUCUUCAUAAAUUACGCGAAAAGGUCCGCAUUGAUGAAAUUAUUAUUGAUAAAACGACAACUGAUGUCGACGAUGGUACAUUCCAUUCAAUUCCAUUCCCUUCACCAAUUGACUAUUCAAGCGGAGGAAUACGUAAAGCAGGUGGCACGAUAACAAGUAUUAAUAUCGGUGAAACACUUGAUAUAAAUCAACUUGAAAGUACACUUCAAACACUUAUUGGUCGCAUCGAAAAACUUGAACGCGAACGGAAUGAAUAUCGUGAAUCGUUAAAUCGUCUUCGAAAGAAGACAAGUGAUGUGCAUACAACAAUAAAUAAACGAGAAACUCGAUAUAAGACUAUCGAAGAAAAUUUAACUGAUUUAGAAGAAGAAAAGAAAACAAUGGAAAUACGACUGUCAUCAGCAAAACAACUUCUACGUUCACAAGAAGAAGCAUUGAAAGAACGCGACGAAGAACGUCGACAAAUGAAAUCAAAACUCGUUGCUAUUGAACUUGAAGCGCGAGGCAAAGAUGCACAACUACGACAUUUGACCGAACAAAUGAAAAGUUUACGUCAGGAUUUGGAUAAUGCACAUAAUGAUAUUCGUCAGUUAAGAGACCAUGAAGAACAAUGGGAAGCAAAUCGUUUCCAACUCGAAAGUAAAAUUAGAGAUAAAGAAGGGGAAAAUCAACGAAUUAGUUUACAAAUGACAAAUCUCGAUAUGGAGAAAAAGAACCUCACGGAACGAGUCAAAGAACUAACUGGCGAAUUACAAUUAAAUGAAAUAAAAAAUAACGAUAUGAAAGAAGAUAUUGAACGAUUAAAACGCGAAUUAGAAAAAGCUGAAAAUAUUGAAGCCGAAUUGAGAAAAACAAAUGAUCAACAAACACGUACGCUAAGUGAAUAUCACGUUUUACGUGAGCAGAUCAGUAGCACACAGAAUGAUUUAACAAAUGCAACAACUCAAAAACAACAACUUGAAAAUGAAAUACAAAGUCUCCAUAACGAAUUACGUGACUAUAAACAACGUGUACAUGACGUGAAUGGACGUGCUUCAGAUUUGCAACGUCAACUCCAAGAUUCAAAUAAUGAAAAAAAUCGUCUUGAUGAUCGAAUUAUUCAUUUAGAAAAGGAUAUAACAAUUCAUCAAAAAACAGAAAAUGAUUUAAAACAACAAAUCGAAUCAUGUAAAAAUGAACGAAGAGUUAUGCAAAAAGAAUUUGAUGAUUUACGACAACGUUUAACGCAAAUUGAAUCCGACAAACGAAAUAUUAUUUUACAAUUUGAAACAGCAAAAAAAGAUCGAAUUUUACUUCUUAAAAAAACCGAAAAACUUGAAAUAGAAAAACGCGAAACAAAUGCAGCAAUACGUGAAACAGCGUUACAACGUGAAGCUAUUGAGAAAUCAUUGAAUGCUAUGGAACGUGAAAAUAAGGAACUUUAUAAAAAUUGUGCACAAUUGCAACAACAAAUUGCGCAACUCGAAAUGGAAAAUGGUUCACGUAUUAUCGAAUUAAAUAAUAAACAACGUGAAGAACAAGAAAAAUAUUUACAGCGAAUGAAAAAUGAAAAACAACAAGUUGAACGGAUAAUUGAAACUCGUGAACGUCAACUACAAAAUCGUAUAAAACAACUCGAAAAUCAAUUAAGCAUAAUGCGUGAACAGUUGGAUAACGAACGGCGCCGAAGACGUGAUUAUAUAGAUAGAAGUUUAGUUGGUGAUUUCAGUAAAUUAGGCCCAACAUAUUUUGGUAUUCGUGGUGGUGUUGGAAUACAUAGUGCAGGUUUUGUUCCACCCGCACCACCGAUUGAUUUCGAUUCGUCAAAUCGUUUCGGUCGAACAUUUUUCGCAUCAAAUCCAUUGACUCCACCACUUGGUUCAUCAACACCCCGACAAGGAGGAAUGACUAAUUCUGUUAUAAGUCUGAAGGAAUCAGACAGUCAACAGCACAUAAGUUUAUCAUCACAUCAACCAUCAACUGGUGGUAUUAAUGAAUAUGAAAAAUAUGAAAAAUUAGAACCGUCACAUGAAAUCGAAGAAAAACGAACUAAAACUAUCAUAGUUACGAAAACAAGCAGACUGGCUGAAAGUACUUCUGAAAAAAGUGAAUAA